AUGCUGCAGUCGCUGAGGCACUCGAUCGGGGCGUCGCGCGCGGCGCUGGCGGCCGGUGCGGUCGGCCUCGCGGCAGUUGGGGCCACAGUGUGGGAGACCCCGUUCAGCACCGCGGCGGCGAAGUCACCCGAGGCCGCUCUGAGCCCGAAGGAAUGGAGGGUAUUCAAGCUCGCGUCGCGCAAGCAGCUGACGCACAACACCCACUUCUACCGGUUCGAGCUGCCGGAGGGGACGACAGCGGGCCUGACAACAGCCUCCUGCCUGGUGACCAAGGGCACGACGCCCGCCGGCGAGACCGUCAUCCGGCCGUACACGCCCACCUCGCUCAACGACGCCGUCGGCCACCUCGACUUCGUGGUCAAGGUGUAUGAGAAGGGCAACAUGUCGAAGAUCUUUGGAGACCUCAAGGUCGGGGAGUCGAUCGAGAUGAAGGGGCCGAUCCCGAAGCUGCCGUACGAGGCGAACAAGUACAAGGAGGUCGGGAUGAUCGCGGGCGGGUCGGGCAUUACGCCGAUGCUGCAGAUCAUCCAGGAGUCGCUGCGCGACCCGCGCGACAAGACCAGGCUCUCGCUGAUCUUCGCCAACGUCGAGGAGAAGGACAUCAUCAUGAAGGACCGCCUCGACGAGCUCGCCGCCAAGCACAGCGACCGGUUCUCGGUGUACUACGUGCUGAACAAGCCGCCCAAGGGUAUUUUCGGGAUCGGCGGGUGGAAGGGCGGCGAGGGGCACGUGAGCAAGGAGCACAUCAGGGCGCACAUGCCCGCGCCCAAGGACGGGUCGAUCGUGUGCGUGUGCGGCCCGCCGCCGAUGAUGAACGCCAUCUCCGGGGACAAGAACCCCGACAAGAGCCAGGGCGAGGUCCAGGGCAUGCUCAAGGACCUGGGCUACACCAGCGACACUGUGUACAAGUUCUGA